AUGACUUCCACUGGAAUGAACACCAUGAGCAAGAUCACCUUCUACGAGGAGAGGAACUUCCAGGGUCGCACCUACGAGUGCAUGAGCGACUGCCCCGACAUGUCCUCCUUCCUGAGCAGGUGUCAGUCCUGCAGGGUGGAGAGAGGCUGUUUCAUGGUGUACGACCGCACCAACUUCAUGGGCCAGCAGCACUUCCUGAGGAGGGGCGAGUACUCCGACUACAUGAGCAUGAUGGGCACCAGCGGCGACUGCAUCAAGUCCUGCCGCAUGAUCCCCAUGCACAGGGGAUCCUUCAGGAUGAAGAUCUACGAGAGGGAGAACUUCAGCGGCCAGAUGCACGAGCUGAUGGACGACUGUGAGAACAUCAUGGAGAGGUUCCGCAUGUCCAACUGCCAGUCCAGCAACGUGAUGGAGGGCCAGUGGCUGAUGUACGAGCAGCCCAGCUACAGAGGCAGGAUGAUGUACAUGAGGCCCGGCGAGUACAGGAACUUCAUGAACUCCGGCAUGAGCGGAAUGAGGUUCAUGAGCAUGAAGCGCAUCACCGACUCCUGCUAUUAA